AUUUCAGACCGAUUCGCUCGCAAUCACAAAAUUCGCAAAAGGGAAGCUCAAUCACCAAGACCCAAGACGCAUGUUCAAAAACAUUUUACACGGCCAACGAACCAGCGAGCCAAUAUCGAUUAUAAAAUAGGACACCGUUCCUACAUAGCCUCCUAAAAAUGGAGCUUAAAUUUUUAUAUGUUAUUUGAUUUGUGUACAAAAAUGAAUAUGUUCGUUUGGGUUCUGUUGUGUUUAUUGAGCUUACACUCAAAUAUGAUGAUUUCAGGUGUCGCAGGGCAGGCAGAUUGCAAUGAUCUCCGUGGGCGUGUGAUAUCUCACGGCCUCCACUUCGUUCCCGGGCCCGACACCUGCACUCUUUGUGUUUGUGACAACGGCCUUCCUAAAUAUUGCAAAGCAGUGCUAUGUUCCCCUCCACAGGACUGCCGUUCCUUCCGAGUGGGCAAUACAUGCUGCGAGUUUAUCUGCCUUGAUGAUGUGGUGAAGCCAGCAGAAGGGGCGGAAGCUAAUGUCCGUGUGGCUGCAGGUGGGGCAGCAGGAGUGGUGCUCCUAACAGUAGCAUUGGUGGUGUAUCGCGUAAGGAAACAGAAGAGGCGGCGCCCGCCGCACGCUGACGACCAGAGGAGCCUUACUAGCAUUGGGUAUAUUAGCGGCAGUAUGGGCUACAUGGGCGGGACGUGUGAGACGGCGCUGGGCGCGUGGAAGCCGCCCAGCAACUACCUGCCGCGCGGCGAGGCGCCGCCGCCUUACGACGAGGCUAUUGCUCAGAGGCCCGACACUAUGAGACUGACGUCAGAGCCAGCGUACCACCGGUCGUACCCGGCGACGGUGGACGCGCUGGCGCGCGGCGACGACGGCGCGCCGUGCGACCACUACGGCAACCUGCCCCGACCGCAGCAACAGAUGGCGAACACGCAAACGUGUUACAACGCGCCGCUGCUGCAACCCGCGCCCGACGCCAGGGACGGGGCCCCCCUCGUCCCGCACCACCCGCUGCCGCAAAAUGUGGUGGGGUGGUCCAGCGCAGUGCGGCUGACUGGGUCGCUGGGGGCCAUCAGCAACCGCGGGCUGCUGAGCGUGCUGCAGCGCGAGCAUGAGCACGAGCGCCCGCGCAACGUGCCCGGCUUCUACACUCCCACCGUCCACACCUCGCUACACCGCACUAUUCCCCGCAUCUCGACCGCGGAGACCAGCUUGCUGGAAGGCUCCAUGUUCUCCCGCGGCGAGCGAGCGUUACACGCCGAGAUACGACGAUCGUUCCAUAAGCCCGGCGGAGCGGAGGCGCGGCAUGACACGGGCCGCAGCAUGCCUCGCAACCUGAACCUCGCCGCGGCCGACCGCUUCGACCGCAGCGAUCGCAGUGAUCGCAGCGAUCGCAGUGAUCAUCCGGACCCCAAGCCCAGUCUUGACGACAAUGCGGUGAGUUGGUCAUGCGGUCGUCCGCGCUUGGAGCGGGCUCCGGGCGGCGAGGCGGGCCUGGCCCCGGCCCCGGCCCCGGCCCUGGCCCAGGCGCCCGCCCCCGCCCCCGCCCCCGCCCCCGCCCCGCCCUCUGCGCCGCACUCCACGCUGCCGCUCACUGUCGACAAGCCGUCGUGCGAGUGCAGCUACGCGCAGCCGACGGCGGGCGAGGAGGCGGACGACUACCGGCACGAGUGCGAGAACUGCAAGGCGGCCAGCGGCUCCAGAUGGGCGGGCGCGGGUGCGGGCGCGGAGGGCAGCUGGGGGCGGGCGGGGCCUCAGCAGCGCCACACGCAGACGCUGCAGCGCCGCGCGCCGCUCCUCGUGCCCGCGCCGCCCGCCACCGCCACGCUGCCGCAGCCCGUCACCAAGCAGAGGACCACUAUGGGCCCGCCCUCAAAUUGGGAGAACUGGUUCAACACAAUUCACGACUCGGAUACGGAAUCGGAAGAGGAGUGAGCACCCCACCUGCGUUAGGGGGAGGGAGGGGGAGGGGUAACCUUCAUGUAGAGCACGAUGCUUUUAAGAUUUGAAUAUUAUUUUUAAAGGGUGUAUUUCUACCACGAAGCAAAAACCAUUUCUCUAACAAUUCGUUGUGUGAUGAUACGCGAGGCUGAGGCAGACGGAAUGGGGAAGCGGUUGCACCAUGGUUUGCCCCUUUCUGAAAACGAAAUAAACCCCGUUUCUUUAUGUCUAUUUCAUAAUCUGUGCGCCUUCAAUAAGAAACAAAUCGAGACUGAUGAGAUUUUGCAUGAAAAAUAAUUAAAUUUUAAAUCUUCGUGUACUACAUAGAUAUAUGCCGCUAUGCCGUUCCUCUUGCACGAAUUGUGUAAAGAAUCCUGCGUAAUACUUUUUAAGAGCAAGAAUAGGGAUGUCACCAGUGUUAAGAUAGAUAUUAAUAUAAUAUAUUGUAUAUUUUCAUGUUGGUUGGUUAGUAAUAUGUUUUCUCUCUUUUUGUACUUAUGCAUUCCGAUUAAUGUGUUUAUAUAUUAUUUCUUUAAAGCACAUUGCAUUUUUUUUGCACAUUAGAUGUGUUUUGUUUGUUUUUUUUUUUUGCAAAUUUGAAAUAUAUUUACAUCACAAUAACUGCACAUUCUAUUUUUAUGGCACAUUUAAUGUGUUUUUGUUUUUAUAUUGUUGCUCUUUUGAGUUUCUUUUAUACCAAAGACUAUUUUGUUGUGUUUUUCUGAUAUAUUUUUACGCCUACUAAAUUCAAAUAUGGGUUUAUUUAAAUUAAAUAUUUUUAUUGUAAGUUUUGUAGGUGUUGUAUAAAAAUACAAAUUAGUGAUACUAAUAAUAUUAUGAAGUAGACAUUUAAAAGAUUGAUUAUUAUUAUGUUGUAAUAAUAAUUUACGACGAAAGUGGGGUUUUAAUAUCGAGUUCGAGGUAAGUUGUCAAAAUAGAUAAUACAAACAAAUCGAUGUUUGUAGCUAUACAUUUUAGGUUUAAUGAUGCCAAAGCGGAACUGAAUACAAGGAAGAAGUGAUGUACUCAUUUAUUCGGGACUGGCAUCAACCAUUUUUUUAAUCAAAAAUAUUUUGAAGGUUAAAUAGUAACUUCACCCUCAUAUUAUGUCUGUAUUCGGGUCUUUGAUUCACAUGAACUUAGAUGAUAAUAAUAUUAUACAUAUGUAAAAAAUAUUUGAUCUUGAUUGUUAGAACUUUGCAGGUUAAAUUAGAAAAAAAAAGCUUCAUUUAUUAUUAUGAAAAAACAUAAUAUAUAAUUUUAUUUAUAGUUAUUUAUGCAAGUCUCAAAUAAAUGAAUUUAACUCAAAAGUAUGUAUGAAUUUAUACGUAGAUAGGUAGAUAUGACAAACUUGUUUUAAAGUAUUUGUUCCCUUUAAAUUUAGUCUAAAUAUGAUAAAGCCUGGUUACUGCCAAUUGAUUUGUACUUGUUAAUUCUGAUAUAUUGGAAUAACUUUCAGUGCUUUUUCAAAUGUAAGAUCUGUGUCUCUACAUUUUAUUCAAUACCCAGUAUCUAUACAAUAUUGUCAUAAACUCACAACAUGUUCAUGUUAACAUUAUAGUAUUAGCAUUACAAUAUUAUCAAUAACUUAAAUAUUUAUCUAAUUUUAAUGAAAUGUAUGACUCGAAAUAGUAUUUUUGGUGAUCUAUUGUAAUUUCGUGAUAAGUAGUUCUAGCUGAAAUCAUGAUAUAUUUAGAUGAGAGAGCUGAGUUCUGGAAUGUCUGAUGUUUUGUCUCUCUCUUUUGAGCGUUAUCCCGGUUACUUUCUCAGCCGUUUUGUAUCUUAAUGUUACACGAACUAAACUCAAUGGCGUAUCGAAACGGAAAUCUAAAUUUAAAUUUAAAACUUAGCCUUUUAUUUUUGCUUCUAUUAUAAUUAUAAAAUAUGAGAUGAAUUACUAGGAUUAUAAAAUAUGAGAUGAAUUACUUUAUCGGUAGUGGGCAAUUUAUAUUAUAAUUAAAACAUCAAAUAUUUUGGUACGAACUAAUUUGUUGGACAAAACACGUAAUGUUUGGGGCUCAAGAUUAACUGUAAUAGAAUUUGUAGAUAGACAAACCCACGGUACUCUGUAAUCUAUUUUUGUCUAAUUAAGAACUAAGAUUGUUCGUGUUUUAAGAUCUUAGGAUAUGAAAUAACGAUAUCAGAAUUAUAUUCAUAUAUUGCAUUUAAUCAUAUUUUGUUUACAACCAGAGGAAAUUGUUUAACUUAGGCAGAAAUAAAAGAAUAGGAUAUUUAUAGUCUGUCAUUUCAGGGUUGUACGCACGAAAUACAUGAUAUUAUGUAAAGAUGUUUAAUGUAAAAUUUUAAAUCUUAAAAAGUAUAGUUUUAAACAUA